AUGAGUGAACUGGCAGAACGUUUAGCGGCAGAUGGAGUAAUUAUUGAAGAAUGCGAUAUCCCGCCGGUAAUCAUACCCAAAGUUCCAUUUCCUGUUUUCUGUAUGAAGCAGAAUCGUCUUCCGGUGCCAGUAUCGCGACAUUUCCGCUCAGAUUAUCCGAAGAAUCUGAAAGCAUACUCGCCCACCGAACAUCAAUAUUCUAUGUUUCCUAAACAGCCUUCUGUUGAUGAAACGAAAGCGCUUGGAUCUGAUGGUGAAAGUAUUGAGGUUUCGCCUUGUAGUAGCGAUCAAUGCGCAAGUCAAUCUGAUCGUCAUGUUAUCAGCGUCAAAAUGCGCCAGAAAUCAGCGCGCCGCUGGAACGAGCAAGACAUUCAGAAGCGUUUAUCACUUCCUGCUGACCUAAGGCUUCCGUUAAGUGUGAUCGAAAAACUGAACCGUACACCAACAUUAGAUCAACCCUUAACGAGGAAAAAUCGUCGUGCAUCGCUAAGCGAAAUUGGUUUCGGCAAACUUGAAACAUAUGAGAAACUUGAGAAGCUGGGAGAAGGAACGUAUGCCACGGUUUAUAAAGGGCGAUCUCGACUGACAGAAAAAUUCGUCGCGCUCAAAGAAAUACGCUUAGAGUUGGAAGAAGGAGCACCUUGUACAGCGAUUAGGGAAGUUUCUAUAUUGAGAGAUUUACGCCAUGCGAAUAUCGUCACAUUGCAUGACAUAAUUCACACGGAAAGAAUACUCACUCUUGUCUUCGAAUACGUUGAUCGUGAUUUAAAACAGUAUCUUGAUGACUGUCAAGAUGUUAUAUCGAUGAAGAAUGUUCGGUUGUUCCUGGUGCAGUUAUUAAGAGGGCUAAAUUAUUGCCAUCAGCGACGUGUUUUGCAUCGUGAUUUAAAACCACAAAAUUUACUUAUUAAUGAAAAAGGUGAACUCAAACUUGCUGACUUUGGUUUGGCACGAGCGAAGUCUAUACCUACAAAGACAUAUUCAAAUGAGGUCGUAACAUUGUGGUAUCGUCCACCAGACGUUUUGUUGGGUUCCACAGACUACUCAACUCACAUCGAUAUGUGGGGCGUUGGAUGCAUUCUUUUUGAAAUGAUUUCUGGACACGCGUUGUUUCCUGGCUCGGCCGUUGAAGAGCAACUUCUCUUAAUAUUCCACAUGCUUGGCACUCCGUCGUCAACGAGUUACCCGCAGAUGUGUAACUCAACUACAUUUCGCUUGUGUAGAUUCCCUCAUUAUCGCCCCAAUGUCCUGCAGAAUGCAUGUUCGAGAAUUGAUCAGCAUGCAAAUGAUCUCUUGCACCGUUUACUUCAGUAUGAAGGUCGGAAACGGUUAUCAGCAGCAGAUGCGUUACAGCAUUCAUUUUUACAGUGUUUACCGAGGGCAGUUUUUGAGCUUUCUGACUGUGAAUCUGUUAUGUCAGUUCCUGGAGUUCGGCUGGUCAAAGAUUCAGUAUUGUCAGAUCGUACAAGCCGCAAUAAUCGCUCAAGUCGACGUCAGAGCUUACUUCUUUAA